CCUCAGGAGGCUGAGGAAGGAGGAUAGCAAGUUCAAGGCCAGCCCCUACCACUUAUCAAGACCUUGUCUUUAAAAGGGGGGGGCGGUAAUAUGUGUCUAUAAGGCCCUAGAUUCAAUGCUUUUUUUGUUUGGUUGGUUGGCUGGUUGGUUUUGGUUUUUGGUUUUCAGUUUUUCUCCGCAAAGUUUCUCUGUGUCGCCCUGGUUACCUUGAAACUCCCUCUGUAGACCAGGUUGGCCUCGAACUCAGAGAUUUGCCUGCCUCUGCCUCCCAAGUACUGGGACUAAAGGCGUGCGCCCCCACUGCCCAGCUCAAUGCCCAUUUUUUGAACCAUCUAGUGAAAAUGGGAUAGGAAAUCUCUUGAGAAUAAUAUUGUGACUGGAGAGUACAAAAACAAAAGCUGAGCUUGCUGACAGACACCUUGAACCCCAGCACUCUGGAAGCAGAGGCAUUUGGGUCUCUGUGAGUUUGAGUCCACCCUGGUCUACAGCCAGGAAUACACACAUAGUGAGGUCUUGUCUCCAAAAUUAAAUAAAUUAACUAGUUAAUUUUUUAAAAAUCAGGGGUGCUGAGGAGAAGGCUCAGUUGAUAGUGCUUGGGCACAUGCCUGAGUACCUGAGUUCAGGUCCCCACUUAAAAACUGGGCACAGUGACAUGCCUGUAACCCCACCACUAAGAGUGGGGAGCUGAGACAGGUGGAUCUCUAAAGCUCACUGGCCAGCCAGUCUAGCUAAAGCCAUGUGCUUCAGAUUCAGCAAGAUGACCUUGACUAAAAAAAAAAAUCUAAGUGGAGAGCACUGGAGAAAAGCCAUCUAAAAUGUCAGCUCUACACAUAUAUACAUGCAUCCACAUACACACUCUUAAAACACACACCCCAAAAUUAUAAUGAUGGCAUACAGAGAGCAGACUGACUUGGCUAGCACAUGUGGAACUUAAAAUUGGGGUGGGGGGGGCAAGCAAAAAUGUAUUGAACAAAUACUUGAGAAAGAAAAGCGUAGUUUCUGAGAAAGGAGCAUCUAUGAGAAAGGUUGUGGGGUGAAGAGAGGAGACGGCAGGGUGAAAGGUGGGUCCUUAGAGGGGCACGAUGGAUCACCACAGAUGUGGCUUCCCGAAAGCAGAAGGGCUGGUUAGGACAGAGCUCAUGUAACUCUCCUGACCUACCACUCCUGCCUUAGAUCCAUGGACCCCAGUGAAGCCCCUGCUGUCCACCCCUGCUCGGCUGACUCUUCCCCAGGGCAUGAGACCAGAGUUUCCCAGAGCACAGAGCUUAUUCCCAAGAGACCUGUCAGUCGCUCUCCAACCUGUGCCCGCUGUCGCAACCAUGGUGUCACAGCCCACCUCAAGGGCCACAAGCGCCUCUGCCUCUUCCAGGCUUGCGAGUGUCACAAAUGUGUCCUCAUCCUGGAACGUCGGAGAGUCAUGGCUGCCCAAGUAGCCUUGCGUAGGCAGCAGGAGGCACAGCUGAAGAGGCACCUGGCUCAGGGACUGAUGAAAGGGGCAGCCCCUCUGAAAGCUCCCCUCCGUGUCAAGAAGGGAGCCUUUCGGCCAGGGGUCCCUUCUGGAAAGGAGAACAUAGCACCCCAGCCUCAGAGUCCCCAUGGAGCAGUCCCACUGGUGCUGACACCCCCGGGGAAGGAGAACUAUGGGCCUCUGCUGCUCAGCCGCCCCCAGGAAGCCUUGCCUUUGCCCUGGACACCAUUGCCUGCUGGACCUUGGGGCCCCGGACACUGGCUGCCCCCAGGACUCUCAAUGCCCCCUCCAGUAGUGUGCCGCUUGCUGUGCCAAGAACCUGCUGUCCCUCUACAUCCUUUCCCUGGCUUUGACCCUGGCACAUCUCUCCGGCUGCCCACUCAUGGGACCCUCCCAACCUGCCCAGGAUCUCGCUCAGUACUGGCAGCUCCACUUUCUGGAGAGCCCCAAGGACCCCCUAACCUGCCUCACACAUGUUCGACUCUGAUACUCCAGUCCUGUGGCUCCCCAGACUCUCUUCUGCUACAGCCACAGGCCCCGGGAGCCUCUUGCCUGGCCUGGACAUCUGGCCCCUCAGAGCGGCAGUUGCAGCGAGAGGCAGCUGAGGCCCUUGUAGGUCUGAAAGAUGCAUCCCAGGCUCCCCGCCUAACCCCAUCUGUCCCCCCGAACCCUGCCUGGAUCUCUCUGCUGCACCCCUGUGGCCCACCAGCUCCUCCUGGGGGAAGAGGAUUCCAGCCUGUUGGCCCACCCCUCCGGCCUAGUCCGGCCUCCUCUGUCUCCCUGCACAUUGGGCGUCUGGGGUCCAUCUCUCUCCUCAGCUAGAAACCAGAGGUGGAGGCUGCCUUACUGGGACAAAGAGAUGACAAGCUGCAGGCACUUCAUAUUUGGUAUUUUAUUUAUGCAUUUUGCAUAGAAUUUAAUGUAAUGCAAGAUUCAGCCUUUUUUUUUUUUUUAAGCUUUCUGGUUCCUUUUGUAGUGUGGGUAUUUCCUUGACUAGAAGUGAAUGUUCUCAUAGCCCUUUUUAAGUCCCUCAAUAGAGGUAGCUGGGCAGUUUAAGAGGACCAUAUCUAAAUACAUUUUUGCAUGAGUUUAUGUUAUAUGCCUGGAUGCUCAAGUCUGUCUCUGCAUGUGAAAACACAAGAAUAUGUUCACUUUGUAUGUAAGUUUCCGUAAGCAAGAAAUAAACCUUUGCCAUUUAAACCAUCAA